UGUCGUUCUCUUAACACAUCCAUGGUGUGUGCAGGAAUUGGCAUGCUGUCUGUAGAGGAAGUGUAAUGUGUAUUACCGUGACUUGCUGUCUGUAGCUAGACAGCAAGUUCGUCGAUGAGUCCCCGGUACCUGUGGUUUAACAGAUCUGAUGUAAAGGUUUGAGGCUCGAGCAUGGGACAGCGUGAAUUUAGCCAGAAGCGAGCUAGCUUUAACGCUAGCUUACGUCAGAGUUAACGUCAACGGACAUCAACUUUUAACUCGCUAAACUAGCGAGGCAACGUAAAAAAAAAAAACGAGUAUGAGCGCUACACCUGGGUUUAUAUGAAGGAAGAAAAGUUAUUGUAUAUUGCCUAACAUUUGUCAGUUCGCUUCUUAGCUCUUUAAAAGGCCUGAUAAAUGUUUCUGCAGCGAGUAUAGCAGUGAGGCUAAGUCGUUAGCUGCUAAGUUAGCCUGCCUUGACCGCCCCAAUGAAAGAAUACAAAGUGGUUGUGCUGGGCAGCGGCGGCGUCGGCAAGUCUGCGCUGACCGUCCAGUUUGUCACCGGCACCUUUAUCGAGAAAUACGACCCGACCAUCGAGGACUUUUACCGAAAGGAGAUCGAGGUGGACUCGUCUCCCUCCGUGCUGGAGAUCCUCGACACUGCGGGGACGGAGCAGUUCGCCUCCAUGAGAGAUCUGUACAUAAAGAACGGACAGGGGUUCAUCCUGGUCUACAGCCUGGUCAACCAGCAGUCAUUCCAGGACAUCAGACCAAUGCGAGACCAAAUAGUGCGAGUGAAACGUUUCGAGAAGGUGCCGUUGAUCCUGGUCGGGAACAAAGUCGACCUGGAAUCUGAGCGUGAAGUGGCUGGCUCAGAUGGACGAGCUCUGGCUCAAGAGUGGGGCUGCCCUUUUAUUGAAACUUCUGCCAAGAGCAAGACUAUGGUGGACGAGCUGUUCGCAGAGAUCGUCCGACAGAUGAAUUAUUCCACACUGCCGGAGAAGCAGGAACAGUGCUGCACUGCCUGUGUGGUACAGUGAGGAAGAGAUGCAUCAUUUGUCUGGAUCACCACAAGGAUUUUGAUGAACUAUGAACCGGGGGACAAACUGACAAAAACUUACCGCAGCUGGUAGUGUUUCUGUUCAAUGUGGUUUCUGACUGUAUCACAGAGCAUCUGACAGGAAAGACGUCGGUCCUAUUUUUGAUAUCAUAACUGUUAGAAGACGUUUCUGCUGCAACCUUAACGGCCUUUGCGUUGACCCAGGAUGGAGUCAGAUGGACUUGUAAUGAGCGAGAAUGAUCAUCUGUGAAUUUCAGUCUUUUCUUUUCUCUCCUUUUAGUCAGAAGUAUCCCUGAAAUAAGCAGGAGUGUUUGUGAGGUUGCAGCUUCUUUUUAAAGCUGCUAUAAUCACUAUUAUAUACUUUAUUACUUGUAUUAUGUCUCAUGUUUGGAAUUUGACAAAGUAUUUCAUAAUAUUGAAACAUUUUGACUUUUAAGCAUGCAUACUUUGACCAGUUUGCUGCACAGGUGCUGCUCACUUUAUUUUGAAAAUCUUGUCUAAAAUAGUAUUUUAACUGACACAAACUACAGUAGCGUUUACAAUGUUUGUUUGUUUUUAGCAUCAGGAAAUUGAGACAGGAUGGACAACUUUGUGGAUUAAACCUGUAACAUCAAGAAUUUACCUUUUUAUUAUUGCAGUAGCCUGAAGCCGCAAAACUCAUCUGAAAACAUGCAUGCUCAAAAUUGAAAAUGUUCUACUAAAUCAACUUGAAGUGAUAAGGAAGAGUUAUUUUACUGUUUUUAGCCUGGAUUCUGUCAAACUGUCUACAAGGCAUGAAUCGCAUGGACGCAGGUCUUCCAUUUUUAGCUUUCUCGAGGAGUCUCUGUGGGAGAAAGAUUUUGGAACGACUAAAGGAAGCUCACAGUACAUAUUUGUGUGUUGACGUGUGUUGCUUUAAAUUCAGGAGACGGCGAUUUCUUGUCAUCAAAUAACUUCCAUUGCAAUGUGGUUUGAUAAAAGUUCUGGCACAGUUAAUCAGAUUUAACUUUGUAUUUUUCUUUUUCUUAUAGUAACCUAUUUAUUAAAAACUAACGACAUGGAUAGCCAGUUUUAAACUUUUAAUUUUAUACUAGUUUUUGCUUUUUGUGACUUCAGGAUACAUGGUACAUUGUUUUCUUUUUGAAGCUGAGGAUUUAACAGAGCCUUAAAUAAUUUCUGUUGCA